GCCUCUGAGCAGCAGCAGCCGCAGCCCGGUGAGCUUCGCCUCGUCCUCACGUUGUGCCACUUCUUAUCUUACAAUUCUAACCCAUCUGUCAAUGUGAAAAAAAAAUACUGUAGCCAAGUUUACAUUUCACUGCAGAUAUACUUGGAAAUAAUCUCGACCUUUUGCAAGCGCGUGUUUCUCUUCUGCUCGGACGGAAUAAAGUCUCGACCGUCGCUGACAUUCUAACUAGAGAAAGUGUUCGUUGUGUGGCUGAAACAACUCCAAGACAGCGUUUAACUAGCCCUAUGAGAAUGGACUCACAGUGAAGUUAUUCUACAUCAUCUUCAAAUCACACCAACACUCAGCCCCUCCCCCUGACCAGUCCCUCCCUCUAUAGGACUAAGGGAGGCGUGGAUUGGAUGGACCUCCACCGUCCCUCUUUUAAGAUGGACAGCUCCUCCUACCUGCCCAGUCCCCUGGCCUCCCCAGCCCUGAUGGUGCUGGCCUCCACAGCCGAGGCUGGCCACGAUUCCUCCAUCCCCUGCCAGGCCCCACGGCCUUUCGGUGUCCCCAUCUCCGAGAAGGACCUCCACCUCCCCUUCGCCUCCGGCUCCUACACAUUUGCCUCCAUGUACCACCGCCAGGGUCCCGUAUCCAGCCAUGGCACCUUCCCCACCAGAGACUUCCCUGCAUCCCUGCUCCACCUCCACCCCCAGUUCCACUCCCCCAACCUGGACUGCUCAUCUCUAGAGAUGCUCAACCACAGCGGGGUGGGCGCCUUCAGACCCUUCUCCUCCCUGCCUGAGGAGAGGGAGGUCAGGGGUUAUCAGUCAGCCUUCACCCCUGCUAAGAGGCUCAAGGGCUGCUAUACCGACUCGGAAAGGAAGCCGUAUGAGUUUGGAGGAGGGCGUAUUCUGUCUGGUUCGCCGUGGUCGCUCAAAGCCGCUGAGGAUUCUGGGAGGAAGUUGUUUGCGGUGUCUGGCCUGCUGUCAGACAGUGAGGCCUUGUCUAGUCCUGAGGACCGUAAGGAUGGCUUAGGUAAGGGGAACAUCCUGUAUGACUCCCAGGCCCCAGUGUGUCCUGUGUGCCAUGCUGUGUUACGACCAGGUGAGCUACAGGAGCACAUGGAGCAGGAGAUGGGCAGACUGACACAGUUACAAAUCAGUAUUAAUUCAGUGCAGAGGGACAAUCCAUUAGGGGCUUCAAAGUCCCUCUCACUAUCUCUGCACAUUAAACGUGAGGGGGGAUCUCCCGCCUCUCCCCCCUGCCCACCUGAAGACCCCCACUCAGAUAGAUACCAGACGUUUCUUCGUGUGAGGACCAACAGACAUACAAGACUGAAUGUCAGGAUCGGCAAGCUGAAGAGGAGGAAAGCUGACGAAGUUCAGGACAUUUUGGUGGACCUGGGAGGAGAGGGGGAGCAGUGGAGGGAGCGGAGGAGGUUACAGAUGACCUCCAUGCUGGGGGGGUUUAAAGGGUCGGUAUUUGUGAGCAGCAGCACAUCUAAUGAGGGCCGUGGUGACAGUGAUGCUGACCUGGACGUUGAUGGGGACGACACCGUGGACUACGGAAGAGCACAAUAUACAGAGGCAGACAUCAUCCCCUGUUCACAACGGGAGCCCGGGGAGGUGGAGGAGAGGAAAGCACCGAGGGGGGCUGUUUUAAAUGUUGGAACUCUGGACCAUUCAAAAUGGACAAAUGAGGGAUGUCCAUCCACCAGCAAUGGGGAACGCAACAAACUGGACAACAGCAUUACCUCCGUACACAGGACCUGUAAAAACUGUGACAUAGAGAUGGUCUCUGAGGAUUCGGCACUCACGACGCUCGAUGCACUAAAAACCCGGAUACGAGACCUAGAGAAGCAGAUGUCCAGAGGAGACAGAUACAAAUGUCUCAUCUGUAUGGACACAUAUUCUACGCCCCUCACUUCCAUCCAGUGCUGGCACGUCCACUGUGAGGAGUGCUGGCUCCGCACACUGGGGGCUAAGAAGCUUUGUCCACAGUGUAACACCAUAACUUCACCCGGGGACCUGAGACGGGUGUAUCUGUAGCCCGGCAGGCCGGGGAAGCACAGGCCUUUGAGGGGGACAUAAAGGGCAGCUGGCCUGUCAGAGAUCACCCUUGUCUUUGCACCUUAACCCACACACACACACACACACACACACACACACACACACACACACACACACACACACACACACACACACACACACACACACACACACACACACACACACACACACACACACACACACACACACACACACACACACACACCUUCCGAACUGAGUAGGGGCACACCUCAUGAAUAGAUCGUACCCAUGACUGGGUAUUGCACAACGAUCAGUCCUCAUGUCCUUUUGACGUUUUAGGUUUGACAUUUCACCUUUGGUUCGCCCAGCUGGAUGGUGUUCGUUUGUACCCUGCUCGCCUCCACCUUUAGUGAGCCAGGCCAGUUCUAAGAGGAGGACUCUGUGCUCAAUCCGUUAAUCCCCGUAAGGUAUAUAGAUGAAAUAAAUGACAAGAACUGAAGUAUUCUCAGCGCUCAGGCACUGAAAGAAAGCUUUCAGGUGGAUGUAGAUCACUCUGGACUAUUAUUAUAUACUGUGUACUCUUUUUAGAAAUAAUACUUGUCUGUUUUUAUCAAGAUAAAGCACAUGUAAAUAGUUUUGUGUAUGUUUUCAAUUGUGUAUGUGAAAAAAAGAUUAACACUCCCGUUGUGUUAACGGUCAUGUUCUUAUAAAGUCAAAGUUUUUUGGUUAGUUCGGGUGGGAGGAAAGUGUGAACAUAACAAUUGUCAUAUUUUGAGAUUCAUUAUUUUGUGUUUUUGUCGUUUAGGUUGUGUUUCUUUGUACAGGAGUACAAAGUGUAAUUAAUCAAUGUUACAAAAAAAACAAUGUGUCUUUAAAAAAGAUGGUUAUUGCAUAAAUAAAUAU